UCUUAUUUUGUAGUAUGUUACCGGAAGUCAACUCGAAUUAUCCCAGUGGUAAAUGUGUACAAUUCUAAGCUGCUAGCGUUUGUUUUGUCAAGUGGAAGAAACGUGGAAUCUCGGUAAAUGUUUGUCUAAUCUGCUGAGACAUGAGCGUCUCUUUGGAUAUUAAACUAAAAAGAGCCAACAAGGUGUAUCAUGAAGGGGAAACGGUGGCUGGAGUCGUCAUGCUGUCGUGUAAGGAGGCCAUGCAGCACCACGGCAUCUCUCUGACCAUGGAGGGCAUCGUCAACCUGCAGCUGAGCUCCAAGAGCGUGGGCGUCUUUGAGGCCUUCUACAACUCUGUCAAGCCCAUCCAGCUGAUCAGCAGCAACAUCGAGGUUGCCAAGGCUGGAAAAGUCCCCGGAGGUAAAACUGAGAUCCCCUUUGAGUUCCCUUUGCUCACAAAAGGCAACAAAGUUCUGUAUGAGACCUACCAUGGCGUCUUUGUCAACAUCCAGUAUUCUCUGCGCUGUGAUCUGAAGCGCUCCCUGUUGGCCAAAGAUCUGAGCAGGACCUGCGAGUUCAUCGUUCACUCUCAGCCUCAAAAAUCUAAAGUUGUUCCCACUCCGGUCAACUUCACCAUCACUCCUGACACCCUGCAGAACACGCGUGAAAAAAGCUCUCUACCAAAGUUUCUCAUCAGAGGCCAUUUGGACGCCACCAACUGUGUGAUCAGCCAACCGCUGACUGGAGAGGUGGUGGUGGAGAACUCUGAGGUCCCCAUCAAGAGUAUCGAGCUGCAGCUCGUCCGGGUGGAGACCUGCGGCUGUGCUGAAGGUUACGCCAGAGACGCCACAGAGAUCCAGAACAUCCAGAUAGCGGAAGGUGACGUCUGUCACGGCCUCUCCAUCCCCAUCUACAUGGUUUUUCCCAGACUGUUCACCUGCCCCACCCUGGAGACCACCAACUUUAAAGUGGAGUUUGAAAUCAACAUCGUCAUCGUGCUUCAUGACGAUCAUCUGAUCACAGAGAACUUCCCCCUGAAGCUUUGUCGAGUCUGAACAGCUCCGCUCCCGUUUCCAUGGAGACCUGGAUUCAGCAGGAAGCUCCUCUUUGCCUUUUUUUUGUCAUUCCACUUUGCGACCUCACAAGAGCAACACUGUGACAUGUCUGCACUUCCAAUGUUUGAAAUACUUCCCUCUUUUUUUUGUAAACAGUUGAAGAAACUGAAGUUUAAACUCAUUUUCUUAACCUGCUGGUUUCUGAUAUAAAGCUAAUUUUAAGGCAUAAAAUCAGCUGCAGUUUUGUAAUCUUUGACUCAACUCCCUGAUAAGAGAUCCAAACUUUAAAAUAUUUUAUCCAGUGUAAAUUAUUCCACAAAAUGGUUUAAAUUAGGAUUUACUCUUUUCUGCUGCAAGAAGUCAUCUAAAGGAAAACAAAUCUCUUUCUUAAAAUGUGAUUCAUUUAUGAAAAAUAUAAAUAUGCCCAAAUAUCAACAAUUUAUAACAACAGUCUUUCCUCUGUGUGAAGCUGUCAUUUUUGUAUAAAGAAAAACAAUAAAAGGACAUUUAGUCAGAAAUCUGAA